AUGGAACGCAAACCCUCCGUUUCAGAGCCCACCAAUACCCUCAUCAUCACGCCCCUCCCUCUCCCCUUUUUUGAACCAAGGAUCUUGGACGCGCUUCGUGCACAUUUUGCCAGUUUUAGCACUACCUUUCUUCAUCGACGUAGUCCAUACAGCCCCAGCAGUGCCUACGGGCCAGGAGCGUCCAUCAGAGGCGACGCUGCCGCCAGAUCAGGCGAUGAUUCGGACGACCCACUCAGUAUGGAGGAUGAUGAAGAGGUUCUACCAGAGCAAGAGCCAGAAGGAGACCUCUACUCAUUUGUUCCCCUAAAGUCCUUCAAACGCGCCAUUGUCGUAUACUAUUCGAACGAGGAUGCAGAGCGAGCACGACUAGCAUCGGAUAGACUUUUCAUUCCCGAGACUCCCCGAUGUCCUGCUGUGACGCUGCGGGCGUUUCGAGGCCCACCGACCGUCUUGGUAGAAGAUGGCUGGUUCCCCGGGACCAAGCGACGACAUAUAAUCAGUGAUGAUGCCGAGGAAGGCUCAUGGUAUUUUGGAGGCUUCCCCAUGGUCUCGUCGCUCAACUAUGAUGACGAUGAUGGCGAAAUCAAAGAGUCUCCUUUUCAUCUUCGACCUCCAGUACCGGAACGCAACUUCCUCAUCUCUCCCCCUGGCUCUCCUCCCGUUGGAUGGGUCGCUGUCAGAGAGGAUCCGCCCAACGAGGUGCCGUUGGCGGAAGACUUGAUGGAGGCUCUCGAGAGAGUAAAGGCACAACGAAUGGCUGCUUCAGCCCAGCGUGUGCAGAAGCGGCGACGAUUCUCGGGAGACGGUCCUCGAUCAGUCACCAGCUCGAGCAAAAGCCGUAGCCGCAGUGGAUCCGAUAGCGAUUCGGAUGACAUGGAAGAACUGGAGCAAGAAGGAGUUAUGCUCAUUCCCGAGAGCGCGGCUGGACUUUGUGUCCGUGUCGAAAACUGGAGCACUCGGCGUCUGAUAAGGCUACAUCAGAGUCGGGAAAAAACGCGGAGACAGCGAGAACGCGCAAACUCGAAUCCAUUGGAUAAGAAGAAGACGAGGGACACCGUGGUCGAGGUUCAAACCUCGAUAACGGAGAUGGAAAUUGAACUCGACGAAGAAUUGGAUGAUGGUCGAUACGCAUCUGGUGUAGACUGGAAUCGUAUUGAUCAUGCACGAACUAUAAUCCCGGUUGUCGAUAUUCCCAUCGACGACGCCGAAGGAGGUGGAACGGAUAACUCACUGUUCCUCAGCGAGCGUGCGAUCAAAGGAGCACCGGCCAAAGCUCCUAAAUUGGGUGCCAAGCCGGCUCCUGCCAGGAUGCCUCCCGUACCCUCGAUUGGCUUGGACUUUCCGGGGAUCAACAAUGGUCUCGGCAUGGCGGGAUUCAAGCCUACCGCGAUGCCGCCGCUACGACCAACCGCGAUGCCCCCGUUUCCCGGCCGGGAGGCUACUGAAUCGUCGGCAUCGCUUGCUUCCAUCUCCUCCACAGCUGUUGAACCAAGUUUGACGCCGACUCAUACACCAUCUGUAUUGUAA